AUGUCGUCUGCCGUAGCGGAGUUAGAUGGCUAUUUACAAUCCAUGUUGGCGCUUAAGCCACCUGGAGUAUCAGCUUCCAAAAUCAGCAUCAUCACCUCGUUAUGUGCCGCCAAUGUACAGUCCGAAUCCGUCCUCGUUCAAAAAAUAUAUACCCACUUCAAAAGAGCCCCUGGAACACACAAGCUGGGCGUACUCUAUGUCGUAGACUCUGUAACUCGACAGUGGGUAGAAUCAGCCCGGAAAGCCGGUCAAACUGUUGGUAGCGGUGCGCCAGAUGGAACAUUUGCAGCUGGUGUUAACAGAGUGACUGAAUUGCUUCCCGUCUUGAUGACUGAUAUCAUAAACAAUGCUCCUGAAUAUCAAAAGGACAAAAUCAAAAAGCUGGUAGACAUCUGGGAGCGUGGAUACACCUUCCCGGCGGCUCUUCUCGCUUCCUUGAAGGAACAGCUAAACGCGCCAGUAUCUCAAAACGUGCAAUCAACUACGCCCGAUGGAUCACCGGCCCCCAAUUUAAUCUCCCUAGCUGGAGGCCAGCAUGGAGCUCAAUCAUCAUCUGCUGCUCCUGCUACUACUACUACUACUUCUACUAUUGCAGGCUCCGGUCAGCCAGCUCCACCAGCACCAGAUACUUCUAGCAUCUUGAAGGCAUUGGCAGAUAUGGCAAAAAACAGUACAGCAUCAACCCCAGCAACCUCAGGCGUGCCAGCGCAAACUAGUCCCCAUAGUAUAUUUAAUCCGCAAAACCCAGUUCUGCAAGCCAUGCCCGCGUCUGUAGACCCGGCUGCGCAACAGCCCAACGGGCAGGCUGUAAACCCCUUUGCUACCGCUACUGCUGCGGGAAAUCUUGCAAAUCAAUUUGCGGGGUUGAGUAAUAUGGCUCAGAAUCCAACUAUUUUCCCAAACCAGGGCCAGGCUUCUGCUGCUGCUUCAAAUCCUCUCGCAGCAGUAGCCGCCGCUGCACAACAGAACCCACUUGCCGCCUUGAUGCCACAAGCAGGUGCUUUGCCUCCAGAGACAUUACAACAAUUAAGCCUGCUCCAGCUCAUGGCUGCGCAGGGUAUUCCUCAAGACCAGUGGGCCACAGCGCUGCAAAUCCUAAGCCUUUCCAAUACUGCAAGUAGCGGCAUGGUCAAUAUGAACCCCGCCACAGCGUUAGCAGCCUUCGCCCAGCAGCCUGCCGCUAGUCAAAAUACCUGGAGCACCCCAGCACCAGACUCAUUAUCACGUGAUCGUGAUCGAGAUCGCGAUCAUCGGAGUAGUAGAGAGCAUGACAGAGAAGACUAUGUUCGGUCACCGCCAGGGGGUUACCGACGCCGCUCCAGGUCGCCUGGGUGGGAUAGACGUCGUGAAGUUUCCCCCCCUCGUCGUCGCGACAGCCCUGUGUAUGGAGAAUACCAUGGAGACUCCCCUGGCAGGAACCGAGACACUCGAGACUCCCGUGGACGACGGCCUGGUGAAUAUCGCCAGCGCAGUCCUCCUGGAAGACGUCGUAGAAGUCCGACACCUCCUCGUAAAGAAGCUACGCUUCCUCCUCCCGGACCCAAGUUCUUGGAGUGGGAUUAUUCAAUUGGUCAGGGGAACAUCAAAGUCCUCAGCAGGACCCUUUUCGUCGGCGGUGUGACUUCGUCCGAAUCUCAUUUAAGAUCGCUUUUCGGCCGUUACGGCGUUGUUCAAACAUGUAUUGUAAAUAUUGACAAACGCCAUGCAUUCGUGAAGAUGAUCAACAGACAUGAUGCCGUCACUGCUCGCGAGGGUAUGGAGCAAUACAAGUCUGGAGACAUGCAAUUACGAACACGAUGGGGUGUUGGUUUCGGCCCUCGAGACUGCAGCGAUUACCAAACCGGCAUCAGCGUAAUCCCCAUCGACCGGCUCACGGACGCAGACCGCAAGUGGAUGCUCAACGCCGAGUACGGCGGAACCGGCGGAAAACCAAUUGAGAGUUUUAUGGUGGUGGAGGAACCUGACAUUGAGAUUGGGGCCGGCGUGUCUUCGAAAGCGAUAAGCCGACGCAUGGCCACCGACCAAGGUGGGAAGCGUGGUCCCCAAUCUACUCGAACGGCACCGGAACCAGAACGCUUCCGGCGGCAAAACCGCGGUGCAAUGGAUGAUGGCCACGGGCCCGGUCCUGCACAUGGCCCCGCACACGGCCACGGCUACGGCCAUGGACAAAUGUCGUCAUCAUCAGCAGUACCAGGCAGCAAUGGCAACGGUGAACGCAACGGUAGCAACAUGGGCGAUCGAAACGACCGUGACGGCUCUGCGAGCGCCAAUAACGCCAACGCAAUCGGCGUCCCGCCCGCGGUGCCAGGCUUCGGGUUCUCGUUUCAGGGGAUGCCUAUGUUCCCGCCUGGAUUUAUGAUGGGUGGUGCUGGCGCCGGCACAGGUACGGGCAGCAGCGCACAGGGCCAGCAGGGCCAGCAGGGCCAGCAGGGACAGCAAGGACAAGCUACUGAGUCAUCAUCGACGCCGUCGGGGCCGGGACAGGGACAAGGAUAGAGUCUCCUCUCCACAGUGAUAGCGAUAAGCAUGGUGCCGGUAUAAGGCAUGUAAAAAA